AUGUAUCAUUCUCCGCAGGAGUUGAACGGAGUUCAUAACAGUGUGGCCAACGUUGGAGGCGCAGAAAACAACAGCUUCAACUUCCAACAUCAUGAGCAACAUCUGUUUGAUGUCCCCGUUUCAUGUUUGAACUUCGAUUCGCAAAAUUUUCUGUGCCAGUCUUCUGGAGACCACUCGCCUCCACUGUUCGGAAGUGUUGUUGAUUCCUUCUUAUUCAGCGAUGAAGACACGUUCUGUGAAACGUAUAAUGUUUACGAGCAUUUCAGAAACGAGAAAAAUAACAUCUUGGAGGGUGGUGCUUCUGCCCCAGUUAAUGGGGUUGAGGUUGUUUCUGCCACUUCUGGAAACUCAGCUUCUAGCAUGGUUCCAACGAGGAAAAAAGGAAUAAAAUGGACCAAAGAUUUGCAUCAACAGUUCGUAGCAGCUGUUAACAAUCUUGGUGGUGCUCAAAAAGCAACGCCCAAGGCAGUGCUAAAGAUGAUGAAUUCAAAGUCCCUGACAAUUUUUCAUGUUAAAAGCCACUUGCAGAAAUAUCGAUCCACUAUGUACGUGAAGAACACUUCCAGAGAAGGGCACGAAGAAAGUCAUGGCAGAGACAUGGUGACUGAACUUCAGCAGAAAAUAUGUAUGCAAAUUGAGGAGUCAAGAAAACUGCAACUUGAGAUUGGGAGGGGUAUUCAAGAACAAUUAGAGCUGCAACGAAAUCUGCAAAUGCUAGUCCAAGAACAAAAGAAACAGGUCAACGAUGCAAACAAAGCAAAUUGAAGAUCAUCGUUAAAGUUAAUAUCAGCAUUUAAGGUUCUGAAAUUUUGUAUCUUUCACGACAUCACAUGUUAAAUUUAAAUCACUUUUCUUUUCGGAAAAACUCUCCGAUUUUUUGUCAUGCCAUCAACCUUAAAGUGUAAUGUGUCAACAUAUUGAAGCAAAGGUGUUCUCGUGUGGGCUUCAUUUUUA